UUGCCACUCGAAGAAAACCUCGAGUUAUUAGCUCUUCGGGAGUGGAAUGUCUCACACAUUGCCCGACAAUACAAACUCAUGGAUCUGAUGGAGUUCUUCCUCUGCAGCGGCACUCAAGUGUUUAGUGCGGGUGAUCUGUGCACGCGUUGCGGUGCUAUCGUCGGUCUUCCGCAUAACUUCUCCUACAAUACCAUCGAUGACGUGAAGGUGAAUGAGAUCUCCAUUUUGGGCGUCAAUGCGGCGGAACUACAGGCGGAUGAAGAGUCGGCUCAAGACUUUCAACAACUCAUUGAAUCGCUUGUGUUGAGCGAAAACGCCAAGAAGUUUGCCAUCACUCGAGAGCUGCACAUGACGUCCAACGACCGGGUGUUGAACGGCAUCUUCAUUUCAGUCGUCUCUCUAUUCUUUGGCGUCGGAAUUGGACAACAGAUUAUACUCUCGAGGAAUAUAAGGCGCAGAUAUUUGCUGAGUGUUUGCAUUCGGUUGGUGUCGGCGGCCAUCGGUUUGACACUGUUUUUGGUGAUCCGGGAAAUGCUUUACUACGGAUGGGACAAAGCGGCCGACGAGGCGGCCAUCAAACAGGGAUACGCCUACUUCGAGGGCGCCGUCGAGUACUACCAGAAGUUGAUCCAAAGACAGGAAGCGUUGGAUAAUUUAAUGGCCAAAAAUAAGCUCAAAGGCGAGUCAUUAAAGGAUACGCUCUUGACUUUGUUUGACGUGAAGGGAGUGUCUAAUAGUAAACGUCUGGAAAGAGUUCUCGAAUUGGAUCCGACGGACAGCGAAGAAACGCCGACUUAAUAUCACUUUUAAUUAUGAUUAAUAUUUAAAUUUAAAAUAAUUUAUGUAAA